AUGUUGUUUGGGAGGGCCAGAUUGGACGAAUGGUUGAAAAUUCAAAGAAUUCUAAGCAGAUAUGAAAAGGCUUCCGGUCAGUUUCUGAAUAGAGAUAAGACAGCAAUAUUCUUCAGUUCCAACACUAAAACAGAAGACAAAAGGGAUGUGCUAGCAGCAGGGGGAGCAACCAUGAGGGGUAACUUUGAAAGGUAUUUGGGUCUACCUACCAUGGUAGGUAGAUCAAAAUACAACACCUUUAAGUGCAUCAAUGAGAGAAUGUGGCAAAGAAUCAACAACUGGAAAAAUGGCUAUUUGUCUGGUGCAGGAAAGGAAAUAAUGAUAAAAACAAUGUUACAAGCAAUCCCAACAUAUACAAUGAGUGUUUUCAAGCUUCCUAAGAACCUUUGUCAGGAUCUGAACAGCAUGUUUGCAAAGUUUUGA